AUGGGUGAUACGAAUGGACAAGUAGUAGCUGGUGGUCAUGGCCAAGGAAAUCGAUUGGAUCAAUUGAAUGGUCCAACCGAUGUGUUGAUCGACAAAGAGACGGAUAGUCUCAUUAUUUGUGACCGGGACAAUCGACGAGUCGUACGAUGGCCUCGUCGUAAUGGUACAACUCAAGGAGAAAUCCUCAUCGACAACAUCCGUUGCUGGGGAUUGGCCAUGGAUGAUCAGAGAUAUCUCUACAUCUCUGAUUUCGAUAAACAUGAAGUAAGACGAUAUCAAAUAGGAGACAAGAAUGGAACUAUUGUGGCUGGUGGCAAUGGCCAAGGUACUGGUCUCAAUCAACUCAACUUUCCGACCUACAUCUUUGUCGAUCAACAACAGACUGUCUACGUGUCAGACAACAAAAAUCAUCGUGUAAUGAAAUGGAAUAAAGAUGCAAAAGAAGGAAUCGUCGUCGCUGGAGGUCAAGGUCAAGGGAAUGCUCUGACACAAUUGUCGCAUCUUAGAGGACUGUUCGUCGAUACAUUGGGUGGAUUUAUCACAACAGAAAAGAAUGAAACAAGAUAUAUUCUUCUUUUGAAUAAAAAUUUAUUUAUAUCGACAUCAAGAUCAACAAUUUGUUAUUCAUGUACAAUGAUUUGGAGAAUUUUAUGUUUAAUGAAUAAUGUUGAUAAAUCCAUGUGUACAAUUAAUUUAACUAAUAAUUAA